GUAGCAGUCAGUAGGACAGACCUGUUAAGGACUACAACAGUAAACAGAAAGCCCCCCCCCCAAAAAAAUGCCUUGGUUGUUAUUGUGGCACACCAAUUCAAGUGAAAUGAAAGAAAAAGGCCAUGAGGUUGCUGAAGGCAAGGAUCAUAAAAAGAAAAGCAAGGCUUUGGGUAUCGAACUGAAAAACUAUUUGAUGUCUGUUAUACCUCAUGUAGAAUCGGCUGACAUCAAAUAUUCCACCUCCAAAGAUGUAAUGCUUCCAGCAGAAGAAGUUACACAGUGGUCCCAGUCCCUAGAAAAGCUUCUGGCAACCCAGUGUGGUCAAGAAGCUUUCAGAGAAUUUCUGAAAUCUGAGUUCAGUGAUGAAAAUAUUGAGUUUUGGCUGGCUUGCGAGGACUACAAGAAAACCCAAGCUGACUGUUUACAUGGCAAAGCGGAGAAGAUUUACAAGGAGUUUGUUCAGUCAGAUGCUAUAAAGCAAGUCAACAUUGACUUUCACACCAGAAAAGAAACAGCCCAGAAGGCCCAAGAUCCGACCCCUUCAAGCUUUGAUGAGGCCCAGAGACUUGUGUAUGUACUAAUGGAGACAGACUCUUAUCCUCGAUUCCUCAAGUCCAGAUUCUAUCACAACCUGCUAAGUAAGGUUGAGUACAACAAUUUCAAGUGAGGACCCUCCAGAAGAGAAUUAAAGAUGGGGUCUGAAGCUUCUCUGGAGUUGAAAGCUGUUUUAAGUGUGGUUGGACCUCAGUUCACAAAAUGAGACUGUUGGAACAGGGAGUAAGAGGAGAAGCUGGAAAUGUCAAAAACAUGGGGUGGUCUGCUUGAGACACCCCAGGAUGAUGAAGGUGCCUGGGUGAUUUUCUCCAAGACAAAGAGGGUGAAGAGGAGACAGACUUGUCUUGCCUUGCCACUGCUGAACAAAAGACCACUUCCCAUGUUAGAAUUUCUCAGGAAUGGCCUUGUAAAUGACACUUGGCGCAGAUGCAAUCAUACAGAAAGGAUGUGCAUCUCCAUUUAUGCUCUUAGAAAGGGCAAGUUCCCACAAUUCAUAUUAUAUAACAUUCUUAUCACUUGAUUGCUUGCAGCUAAAUGUGUGAUCUGACUCCUUCGAAAGGCAUUGCUGGUGAUGUAUUAUGAGCUAAUGUGAAAAGUCCUUCUCUCAUGGUUUGUGCACACUUAUACAAAUGGUUCAUUGAUGCUCUGUUCAUGGCCUUGUGUGUGAACUAGGCCCAAAGAAACUGACACCCAAAGCUUCAGCAUGUUGCACACCUGAUGAUGUGGUCUGGGCUAUUUAGAACAAGGAAUCAUCAGUAAUCUGAGAACAAACUAAUAUAAAAUACUAGACAGAUUAAUCUCCAUCAAGAAAAUUGGAGCCAAAUCUUAAUCAGGCCUGCACAAAUCAUAAACCACCAAGCUGAACACAGUAUAGCAACCAGCUUCAGGGCUCAACAAUAUUUGGGUUUCUUCCCCAUCAGGGACUGCAAAAACAGACAAAAUACAGGCUAGUAGGCAAUGUUGGAGAGAGCCAGUGUGGUGUAGCAGUUAAGAUGCUGGACUACGACCUGGAAGACCAGGGUUCGAAUCCCCACAUAGCCAUGAAGCUUACUGGGUGACCUUGGGCCAGUCACUGCCUCUCAGCCUCAGAGGGAGGCAAUGGUAACCCCCCUGUGAAUACCGCUUCCAAGAAAACCCUGUUCAUAGGGUCGCCAUAAGUCGGGAUCGACUUGAAGGCAGUCUAUUUCCAUUUCAGGCAAUGUUGGUUGGCCAUAAGUUGAGCAGUCCUGCGUUAAAUACAUCUAUAUUGGCAAUGUUGUUUUUUAUAGAGACUAUACUGAAACUAUUUACCUGUGGUGUAAAGUGCCAGGCAUAUACUGUCUAAACCAUGUGUCAGUGUAACCGUUACUGUAGCACUAAAACAUGGAGUAGCCAGAAUGUAGCCAGCCUCCUCCAGGGCUCUGGGUGAGAAGCUGUUUUGCACCUCCAGAGGGACAAGAGGUGCAGGCAAGGAGCUUCUCUCUUGAAGCUCAGCUGUGGCUGUUUUUCAGUAGUCCAUGAUUUUACUCAUUGACCCUUCCAUGACUGGGUCUCCAAUUCGACUUUCCACCUUUAAAGAAAUGGGGUUCCAACUAGCCCUGCUGCUUUUCACAGGAGAUUAAGAGGAAGUGUAGGUGUGGCCCAUCAGAGUACUGCAUCUGCUAUGCCUCUCAGAUAGUUGGUGCCAUUGAGGGCAGGGCAGGGAAGGUCCACGCAGUCAGGAUUGCUGGGAGGAAGUGAGCUUGUCCGAAUUCUGCUCUGCUUAUGGCAGAGAUGGGAUGAUACACGAAGCUACUGGGUAGAAACAAGAAGUAAAACUGAUAUUUCAAACUGACAAUGGCUUUGAUCUUAAAAUGUGAUUUUAAGGAAGUUCACAGAAGGAACGUUUCCCAUACUCCCUCCCCCAAGGAGUCACUUGCACCCAAAAAGCCGCUACAGUGGAUCAGGGUAGCCUCUGAACAAUGUGGGAUGGCAAAUGGAGAACUGUUGGGUGGGGGGAAUCAGGCAAAAUUGGAAAGAAUUCCAAAACAAUAUGUUUAAGAAUUGCAAAUCCUGACAAAAUCUGCCAUUGCUGCCUCAGAUGUAAACUAUCUGAUCUAUAAUGCAUUAAGAUGUGUGUAGCUUUAUGAAACUGAGUGCACUGUAUGUUUUUCCUUGAAUCCCAAUAUUUUGGAAUCUCAUUUCCUGUGGAUAUAAGCUAGAAUAAAAAUAAUUAUAUUUUAGUAAUUGAUACGUAACAUAUUCAUAUUUAAUUUAUUGUAAAUUAAUGGCAAGUGACCACUC